AUGUCAAACUUAUUGACAUUGUCGUCAAAGAGGGCCCCUUUCCCGUUUGCUGCCAUCGCCAUCGCAGCGUACACUGGCAAGGCCGAGCUCAACUUUGACGAGGAUUCUACAGAUGUAUCUCUUGAGAUUGACGGCACUCGCGUGACGGACGAUGCAGAGAUCGUCCAGAGUCUGGCAAAGGCUGGCGGUCUCGCGGAGGACAGCGUGAAGACCCCAACGUUCUUUGCACUGGCAAAGACAUUGUCUACGUUGACCACCUUCAACGAGAUCGUGGCUGCCCUUGACUCGCUCGACGAUCACCUCGCAUUUCGUUCUUUCCUCGUUGGCCACACGAUCACAGCUGCUGAUUGGAUUGUCUGGGGAGCUCUGAAAGGGAAUAUCAAAGCUUUCGGUCUGCUCAAGAACAACAGCCACCCCCACAUUUCGCGAUGGUUCUCCCAUCUCGAGUCCUUGGAGUCGACACAGACUGCACUCGCCACCUUCACAAGCGCGAAAGCUAGCAAAGCGAGAUCGAACAAGACAGCAGCUGGAUUUGCUCUAGGGCUUCAAGGUGCAAAGGAAGGAGAAGUAGUCACUCGCUUCCCACCUGAACCAAGUGGUUACCUUCAUAUCGGUCAUGCAAAGGCCGCCAUUCUCAAUCAGUAUUUUGCCAAAAUGUACAAAGGCAAGAUGCUUAUCCGAUUUGAUGACACAAAUCCUUCCAAAGAACGGACGGAAUUUGAAGAAACCAUUCUAGAAGAUCUCAAGCUGCUGGACGUUCACGGCGACGGUGUAUCCCAUACCUCCGAUUACUUUGAGAAGCUAUACGAACUUGGCCUACAAAUAAUCAAGAUCGGGAAAGCGUAUGCCGACGACACCGAGCAAGCGCAGAUGCGUGAUGAGCGCAUGAACGGCGUUGCGUCUAAACACCGUGACGACUCGGUCGAGGAGAAUCUCAAACACUUCGAAGAGAUGACCAAAGGAACGCCGGAGGGCCUUCGAUGGUGUAUUCGCGCCAAAAUUAGCGUUGAUAACCCAAAUAAGGCCAUGCGCGAUCCGGUUAUCUACAGAUGCAAUCUUAUUCCUCACCACAGAACGGGUGAUAAAUGGAAAGUUUACCCCACUUAUGACUUCGCAUGCCCCAUUGUCGACUCAGUUGAAGGUGUCACACACGCCCUAAGGACUAAUGAAUACCGAGACCGAAAUGCCCAGUAUCAGUGGAUGAUUGAAGCACUCAGCUUGAGACCGGUCAACAUUUGGGACUUUAGCCGUCUCAACUUUGUGUACACCCUACUCUCCAAGCGCAAGCUGCACUGGUUCGUGGACAACAAGCUUGUACGAGGCUGGGAUGAUCCACGCUUCCCCACCGUCCGAGGUAUUCGUAGACGCGGUCUUACUGUCGAGGCCCUCACACAGUACAUGUUGCUGCAAGGCCCCUCCCAAGCCGUCGUCUCUUUAGAAUGGGAUUCUCUCUGGGCCUUGAAUAAGAAGAUCAUCGACACAUUUGCCCCUCGCCACUGGGCCAUCGUCAAGGACCGGAAAGUUCCGGUCACCAUUAAAGGUGGGCCCGCUACACCCGAAGUCAAGAUGGUGCCCAAACACAAGAAGAAUGCGGAGAUAGGAGAGAAGCAAACCGUUUACACGUCGACUAUACUUGUGGAGCAAGCCGAUGCCGCCUCCUUUGAAGACCAAGAAGAGAUUACGCUCAUGGACUGGGGCAACGCUAUCGUGCGUUCGAAAGCCACCGACACGUCUGGUGCAAUUACUUCUAUCGAAAUGGAUCUGAAUCUGGAGGGCGACUUCCGCAAAACCAAGAAGAAGAUCACAUGGCUCGCUCAGCCUACUGACGAACACCCCCUCGUCGACGUUGUCCUUCUUGACUACGACUAUCUCAUUACUAAGAAGAAGCUCGAAGAAAACGAUUCCGUAGAGGAUUUCGCUACCCCAGUGACUGAGUUCCGUGAGGAAGCGGUGGCGGACGCGGGUGUCAAGGACCUCAAGAAGGGGGAUAUCAUGCAGUUCGAGAGGAAGGGAUACUUCUCCUUCGACGGACCCGGCGAAGACGGAAAGCCAUCUUUUAUUCGCAUUCCCGAUGGAAAAGCAGCGAGCUUGGCGAGCAAAGCCAAUGUUCCAGCUGCUGAGGCCAAGCCCUCUCCUGCUGCUGCGCCCACCGAAUCGAAGUCAGAUGAAUGGAAAUCGCCCAUGUACCGGAUGAACAGUAUCCACGGAGAGCAGGCCGCUCUGUCACCAACGGCGUCGAAGAUGUACCAAAUAGACAGCCUUUACAAGUCGUGA